GUGGGCUCAGAUCCAACUCAAGUUCCCAGCGACUUUCCGGAGGCCGGGAACAGGGAAAACUUUUUCCAAUACAGUCAGAUCCCGCCUCCCCGGAGGCUCCAUGUCCUCCACAGCUUUCCCAGGACCCCAGAGUCCAGGCCCCCAUUCCCCUCCUCUCGCGGACCCUAGCAGACAAAGACCCCAGGCCAAGCCCACUGACGCUGCGGCGUUCAGGACCCCCGUAGGCCAAAAUCCCAGCCCAGCCCUCCCCCAUGUGGCCAGACAAAGGGACGGUGGAGCCGGCCUCCCCGCCUCCCCCGGCAAUGCGGUACCCACUGGUCCUGCUGCUGCUCCUCUCUGCCCUGGUGACCCCCUCCACUGCAGCACCUAUCCACGAUGCUGAUGCCCAAGAGAGCUCCUUUGGUCUUACAGGCCUCCAAAGCCUGCUCCAAGGCUUUAGCCGACUUUUCCUGAAAGAUGACCUGCUUCGGGGCAUGGACAGCUUCUUCUCUGCCCCCAUGGACUUCUGGGCCCUCCCUAGAAACUACCACCAAGAGGAGAACAAGGAGCACCAGCUGGGAAACAACACCAUCUCCAGCCACCUCCAGAUAGACAAGGUGACAGACAACAAGACAGGAGAGGUGCUGAUCUCUGAGAAGGUGGUGGCAUCCAUCCAGCCAGCAGAGGGGAACUUCAAGGGUGACUGGAAGGUUAGGACAUGCCCCACCCUCAGAGUAUCCAGGCCUCAACAUUUUCUUUUUUUCUUUUCUUUUUUAAAGCAGAGUCUCGGCCAGGAGUGGUAG